AUGAGCCAUGGCCGGGGCAGCCGGGCCGGCCCCUGCCGCGGCCUGCUGCUGCUCCUGCUGCAGCUCCUUGGCGCUUGCCCGCCCGCCGCGGAAACCGCACCGGCCCCGGUGGAGUCCCGGGCGCGGGCGGGAAGCGGGGGCUCGGUGGGGCUCGCGGGCCGGGGGGCGGGCCGGCGGGUCCCCGGGAGGGGGAGAGGCGGCGGUGGGAAAACCGACUCCCUGUAUGUCUCCGAGUACUUCUCCCAGAGUGCACAGAAGCUGUCCUUCUACAGCUGGUAUGGGAACGCCAAGCUCUUCCACUUCCAUGUGCCAGAAGACACUGUGCUGCUCCGUUGGCUCCUGCAGGCAUCCCGGGGGAAAGGACCCGAGUGCACCAGCAUGGAGAUCACAGUGCACUUUCGCCACGGAGCCCCUCCCGUGAUUAACCCCCUGGGCACUCGCUUCCCUGCCAACGCCACCGUCCGUCCUUCCUACAACAUCAGCAUCGCCCUGAGCAGCGCUGUGCAGAACACCACCUUCGUGAACGUCACCACCCCGGCGGCAGGGGACUGGUUCAUCACUGCCCACCUGCCCGAGGCCGCCGGCAGGAUCGAGGUGAAGGGUUUCUCCACUCCAUGCCCCUAUAUGUUCCAGGCAGAUAUGUUUGUGCUCAGACUCACUGAUAUGCCUGUCCUGGAGCCUGGUGUUCCCAUGCCACACACCGUUGUCUCGCCUGCUAAGCCACUGCAUGUCAAGGUCUUCGUCCCCAAACACGCCGCGGGGAUGCGGUUCCAGCUGCGGAGCUGCCUGACAAGUGACCAGAAAGCGUGUGCUGUGCGGGUGGUGCUGGGCUCCAUCACACUGCCCCAGUCCUUCCAGAAGACCCUCACCUGCACAGGGAGUGCAAACUGCAGCCUGGCCCUGGACUCGCCCCCCUGGGAGAAGUGGCUGCAGAUCAUGGUGGAGAGUCUCGGCACUGCCAAUGCCAGCGUGUCCAUGGAGAUGCUGGCUUCUUUCACAGUUUGCAGACCAGGAAGCGCCAGUUCCUUCCUUAACUUCAUCAGCCUAAACCAGAGCCAAGCUGGUGCCAAACCAGGUACCACAGGGGCAGCAGGGAGCUCUGCUCAGGCUGCUGGAGAGGCUCCACACAACACGUCUGGCCAGAGGAGCUCCUGCCUGCAGAGCCAGCCCGUGGUCCGUGAGGACCUGGAUGUUGUGUCCGUGCGCUACAGACUCCUCAACGGUCCCAGCGUGCCCGUGAACUCCCUGUCCCCGACCCUGCUCCUGCUCAACCUCAACACUGGCAUGGACAGCGGGGGCUCCCUCGUGGUCAGUCUCCUGCUUAACAAGACAUCUGUGAGCCUGGCCAAUGCCACCGUGGUUGGAUGUGUGAGUGCUGCCUCCCCAGUGCUGUCCCUCAACGCCACACGGAACUGCAGCACAGCUUUUUCCCAGGGCUACCCUCUGAGCGUGAGCACAUCCUCUGCAGAGGCAAUGCUGAUUGUCCUGUACCCUCAGACUGAUGACUGGUUCCUGUCCCUGCAGCUGCUCUGCCCAAAGGGCCAGGGAGAAUGUCCCAGUGCAGAAGCCAAAGUGACGGUGUUCGCGUACCUCACCCCCUGCUUCAACGACUGCGGCCCCUACGGGCAGUGCAGCCUCCUGAGGAGACACGGGUACCUCUACGCUGCCUGCAGCUGCAAGGCUGGUUGGGGUGGGUGGAGCUGCACGGACGACACCAAGGCCCAGUCCAUCGGGGCACAGAACUUGGCCACCCUCCUGCUCACCCUGAGCAACCUCAUGUUCCUGCCAGCCAUAGCAGUCGCUGUCUAUCGCUACUACCUGGUGGAGGCCUCUGUCUACACCUACACCAUGUUCUUCUCCACGUUCUACCACGCGUGUGACCAGCCGGGCGUUGCAGUGAUGUGCAUCAUGGACUACGACACGCUGCAGUACUGUGACUUCCUGGGCUCCGUGGUGUCCAUCUGGGUGACCAUCCUGUGCAUGGCCCGGGUGAAGAAGAUCCUGAAAUACGAGUUUGGCUUGUGAACCUGCAUGCUUGGAGGGACUGGGCCUGAAGGGACUGAGGUUUGGGGGAAAGGUUUGUGGGUUCUCUGGUUUCUCCAUCUGAAGGUGUUUCUCCCAACUCUUGCACAGAUGCAGGGCUGGGUGGCCAGGAGGAGAGGUCCUCCCUGCCUCUGGCAUGGCUGGCUGUG